AUGGCGGAGACUCUGCUGGGACUGGAGGUCGCCUUCUAUCUCUAUCCCUGCGGCCUCUUUGUCACUUUACUGGCGGCGCAGUCCUUUCAAUUCUACCGGGACCGUCAUGGCGUCACGCGUCAGACCGCGACAGACGAUGAGCAGAAGAAAGCUUCGCGACUGUACGCGCGGAUAAUCUGGGGCUUUCAGCUCAUACUCUCUCUCUUACUCCUUGCCACCAUCAUCCUUGCCGUUCACGGCGCUGUUGCUGGCCAAUACGAUGGGACUGGCGAAGUCGUUUUCCCGUUCAGUGCUUAUCUGGCAUCCUACGUUGCCGUCUUAUUGUACUAUCUAGCUGGCCUACUUCCUGACCCUGAAGGCCCAUGGACGCCAACAUCGGCGCAUUUCUAUGCGUGGAUUGUAGGUGCGCUCUUUGAGGCCUUCAUCGCUGCCGUCUUUUCUUCUGAGAAGAACUCAUUCCGCGUCCACCAUGGUCUUCUCGAUAUUCUGGAUAUCGUGGCCGCUGUUCGAAUCGUUGUGCUGGUAGCGAUGAUGGUCUGUCUCAUUCUGAGAGACUACAAGCUGAAGCCCCUGCAACCCAAGUCGGACCCCGAAGAGAGACAGUCCCUUCUUGGGAAUGGAAAUGGAAACGGAAACGGAGCGUCUCAUAACUACGGCGGCGCCCACCCCCACGGACCUGCUGCUCACAAGCCUCCUGCCAGAACCCAGGUCUCGGGUACGGGAUGGCUUGACUACUUUGCUGGGUUCAGGGUUCUUUUCCCGUAUCUAUGGUAUAGUGACCCUGCUUUCAACCGCUUCGCGGACUUUGCUAACUUAUCGCGCGCCAGGCCUAAAGACUCUCCGGUAUAUCAAGGAAUUGUGGUCGUUUGCAUCAUACUCCUGAUCGGUCAGCGGACUAUCAACGUUUUAGCGCCCAUUCAGCUCGGAACUCUUGUCGACUCCCUCGGCUAUGGCACCAUUCCUUACAAACAAAUUGUUCUCUAUGUCGUCUACCGUGCUCUCCAAGGCAACCAGGGCAUUCUCGGUGCCGCAAGGUCUGUCCUCUGGAUCCCGGUCUCUCAGUCACUCUUCCGCAGACUCUCCUGCGCUGCUUUCGAACACGUGUUGGGGCUUUCUCUGGAGUUCCAUCUGAACAAAAAGAUUGGAGAGGUGACCAGUGCCCUGAGCCGCGGUUCUGCGAUGAACACCUUCCUGGAGAACUUCUGCUUCCAAGUGUUCCCCAUGGUGUUCGAUAUCUUUGUCGCUGGUGUUGUCUUCUUUGCCAAGUAUGACGCCUUCUACACCAUUAUUGUGUUCUUCAUCAUGUGGUCGUACAUCUUCCUGACCAUCUAUGUGGCCAAAUAUCGCGGCAAGCAAAGAAGAGACAUGGCCACCAAGAAUCGUGAGAUGGAAGCUACCAAGACUGACGCCAUCAUGGCAUACGAGACUGUGCAGCACAAUUGCGCAGUUGUGCCCGAAACUGAGAGAUUCAAGGAACAUGUAGUGGUGUACCAACGCGCGGAACGGCUGGUGCAGUGGUCCCUCAACUUUCUCAACCUUACACAGAGUUCUAUUUUCUCUCUUGGCACUGCUUUGCUUGUCGCAGUCUCUGCCUACAAGAUUUCACGGGGCGAGCAGAGUGUUGGCGAUUUCGUCAGCUUGAUCAACUACUUUGUACAACUGCAGGGUCCACUGAAUUUUUUCGGAACUUACUACACCAUGCUGCAAAACAAUCUUAUUGAGGCAGAGCGAAUGCUGGAGCUGUUCAAAGAAACGUCUGGCAUUGUGGAGAAGCCCGACGCCGUCACCCUGCCCGCCGUCAAGGGAGAGGUCGCAUUCAAUAACGUCAAAUUCUCUUACCAGAGCAAAAAGGGCGAACCCGCGAUCAACGGUGUCAGCUUCACUGUUGCCCCGGGCACCAAGACCGCCAUUGUUGGAGAGUCUGGCAGCGGCAAGUCAACCUGCCUGAAGCUUCUUUUCCGCUUCUACGAUAUCAAUGAAGGAUCAAUCACUGUCGACGGCCACGACUUGAAGGAUCUGAAGCUCGACAGCCUACGGAAGAACAUUGGCGUUGUGCCUCAGGACACUGUACUUUUCAAUGCGACCAUUAUGUACAACCUGCUCUACGCCGACCGGAAUGCCUCUCAAGCCGACGUAUACGAGGCAUGCAAGGCUGCCAAUAUCCACGAUCGCAUUCUCGCAUUUCCCGAUGGAUACGACACCAAGGUCGGAGAACGCGGACUCAAACUCUCCGGAGGCGAGCGACAGAGAAUUGCCAUCGCGAGAGCGAUUCUGAAGGACGCUCGCAUCUUGUUGCUUGACGAAGCCACGGCAUCUCUGGACUCGCACACCGAGAGGCAGAUCCAAGACGCCCUGGAGCGUGUCACUGCGGGUCGUACGACGAUCACCAUCGCCCACCGGCUCUCCACCAUCACCACAUCCGAUCAGAUCGUGGUGCUCCACAAGGGAAAUGUCGUUGAGCGUGGCACGCACGCCGAGCUGUUGGCGCUCGGAGGCCGAUACCAUGCCAUGUGGGAGAAACAGACCACCAUUGAGAAGAAGAAUAUUGAAAAGGUGGAGAAGGAAGGAGAGUCUUCGGAAACUGCAUCCCAGCAGUAA